AUGGAACCACCUAGUUCUGGACAACCAGCAGCAAUGGAGAAAGAAAAUGUUUUGAAGAGGAAGUCAGAUGAUGUUGGAUGGGAUUAUGGGUUUCUGGUUGAUCCUACCAACAUGAACAAUGUGAAAUGCAAACUUUGUGGCCAUGAGAGCUCGGGAGGGAUUUAUCGUCUCAAGCAACAUAUAGCUCAUGUUGGGACUACUGUGGCCAAAUGCAAGGACAGCAAACCAGAAGAUAAAGAGAAGUGCAAGAAAUCACUUGAUGGGGCAGCAAGAAAGAAGAGGGAAAAGAUUGUCCAUGAGCUAAGUCUCAGAGAAGAUGUGAAUGUUUCUCGUGUUGAAGGAGCCUUGAAGCAACAAAAGUUAAACAAGGAACUUUGGAAGCAGAGAACACAUGAGGUGCAGCGGUAUGUUGCAAGAUGGAUGUAUGCACAUGGCAUACCAUUUAAUUCUAUUGACAAUGAUGAGUUUUUACAAAUGUGUGAAGCCAUUGGUCAGUUUGGUGUUGGAUUUGAACCUCCUUCUCAAGACCAAUUAAGGGGUGGUUUGUUGGCUGAGGAAUAUUCAAGGACCAAGAGUUUGCUGUUGGAGCGUGAUGCUGAAAAGAUAAAGAAUUGGUGCUCUGUCAUGACUGAUGCUUGGUCAGAUAAGAAGAGGAGAAGCAUAAUGAACUUGUGCACAAACUGUGCUGAUGGAACAAGUUUUAUCAGUUCAAAAGAGAUGUCAAAUCUGUCACACACAAGUGAAGUCAUCUUUGAACUAGUGGACAAAGCAAUCGAAGAAGUUGGUCCCGAUGAUGUGGUGCAAGUAGUGACAGACAAUGCUUCUAACAAUAUGGGAGGAAAGAAAUUAUUGUUUCACAAGAGACCAAACAUCUUUUGGACCUCUUGUGCAGCUCACACAAUUAACCUGAUGCUUCAAGGAAUUGGUAGCCUAGAAAGGUACAAGAACACAAUUGACCAAGCAAAAGCAUUCACCAUCUUUGUCUAUGGGCAUACAAGAACCUUGGAAUGCAUGAGACAGUUCACAGAGGGCAAAGAAAUCAUAAGGCCAAGAGUAACCAGAUUUGCUUCAGCAUUUCUUACUUUGAACAGCAUUCUAGAGAAGAAGGAUGAGCUAAGGAAGAUGGUGGUUCAUAGCAAAUGGGACACAUUGAGAGAAGUGAAGUCAAAAAAAGGAAAGGAUGCAACAGCAACAAUGAUGAAUCCAGAUUUUUGGAAAGCUGUGAAGAUGUGCUUAAAGGUUUUUGAGCCUCUAGUAAAAGUUCUUCGUUUGGUUGAUGGGGAUGUGAAGCCAUCUAUGGGUUUCUUGUUUGGAGAAUUAGUGAAGGCAAAGAGAGAGAUCAAGCAGGCCUAUGGCAAUGUGGAGUCUCGCUACAAAGAUGUCAUGGAUAUUAUUGAGAAGAAGAUGAAAGGCCGACUUGAUUCUCCAUUGCAUGUGAGUGCAUACUUGCUGAAUCCAUAUUACAGUUAUUCUGACAAUUCAAUCUUUGAUGAUGGGACAAUAACAAAAGGGUUUAUCACUUGUGUUGAGACCUUCUAUCAUGAUGAUAAGGACAAACAAGAUCAGGCUGUAAACAUUGAAUUAAGGAAAUUUCAGAAUAGAGAAGCGUCUUGGUGGAAACUCUAUGGAACAGAGACACCAGUCUUACAAAGGAUGGCUAUGAGAAUCCUCUCAUUGACUUCAAGUUCUUCUGGUUGUGAAAGAAACUGGAGCAUUUUUGAUUUGAUACAUACCAAGAGAAGAAAUAGGCUCACUACAAGUCGCCUCAACUCUCUUGUUUUCAUACAGUUCAAUUCAAAACUCAUGACCAAGAGACAAAAGAUCAAGUCCAAGAAGAUUACUGAUGUCCUCCUAUGCAAUGAACUAACUGAAGUUCAAGGUUUUUUGUUUGAGGGUGGAGAUGAUUGUGCAACUGGUGUUUAUACGGAUGAGGAUGAGGAAGAGAUGCCACGUACAGAGACGUCUGGGUUUAAUAUUGAACAAGGGAUGGGAGCAGGUGAACUACUUCGGCAACGUCGAACCAAAAAAAUAAGAGAGCUUUAUGAAGGAGAGGAAUUCGAGUCAGAAACAGAAGAAUUUGAUCAAGAUGAUGACAUGGAUGAAGAUGAAUAUUGA